AAUAACAAUGGAAACUCAAUCCCAAUCCCAAUCCCAAUCCCACAAAAUAAUACGUGUAUUCGGUAAUACCAAAUAUCAACAAAUUCGAUACGGUAUUCGGCAUAUUCCAAAUACCGGUACCAAACUUCCAGCCCUAGUUACAAGUCAACUCACUCUUGGAGUAAGCUUGAUGAGCAUAUUCCCAUCCAGGAACAAAAAUCCCACAGAAUUGGAGCCGUACACACCAUUGCUAUCAAAUCAAUGCAUUGCCCAAACACUAGGCACCACUAAAACUGAGAAAGACUAUUACUUUCUCUCCUCUGGAGUGGGAAAGAAAGCAGAGCCCUCACUUUUCCUCUCCAGUCUUAUAUUGACAGAGAUAUAAGUUGGUGGUCCUGUGUUUUCACCCCUCGUACAAGAUUCUCCCACGCUGAGUCCAAAACUGAAGUAAAAAAAAAAAAAAAAAGCUUAAAGCCAAAGCCAUAGCCAUUUUCUCCAGACAUUCCCUAUUGCCUCUGGUACUAUGCAACUUGGAUGUAAGCUAUGGGCAAUGGCACAAUAUAUAGAGAAUAAGUCGAUUUUCCUUUCUAGGGAAUGCCCUGUAGCCUCAUAUAUAUAAGCGCCAGUGGAGACUAUCAAAUGAGCAUAUUAUCGCAUCCCAGCCUUCCACUCAAAAUCCACCACACUCUGUUUCUGAUUCACCCUCCCACCCCUUCAAAAUUCUGUGUUUUCCUUCCUGGCUCUGUUGUCUUUGGCCUCCUCAUGGUCCCUUCCCUUCAAUGCUUACAUCCAUGUCUCUCUUCUCCACACCUGACAUCCCACCCUCUCCAGCCAUUAGUCCCACCACUUCAUCAUCAUCUUCAUCUUCUUCUUCUUCUUCUUCAUGCCAACAUCAAGAGGAAUCCAUCAAUUUCGAUUUCAAUGUCAUGGUCUUUGUGGGGGCGAUGUUAUGCGCCUUGAUCUGUGCUCUGGGUCUAAACUCCAUGCUCCAAUGUGUCCUCAGCUGCACAGCCCGUGCCUUGGCUCGUCGUCGUGAUCCCGGCCUGAAGAAGAAGGAAGUGGUAGCUCUCCCUACUUCUACCUACACCGUGGGUGGUGGAGAUUCUUCCUCUGCUUCAGGUUGUGCCAUUUGCCUUGCAGAAUUCCUGGAAGGGGACAGCAUAAGACUCCUUCCUCAAUGUAACCAUCGCUUCCAUGUAGGCUGCAUCGACAGGUGGCUGCUAGCUCACUCCUCUUGCCCUACUUGCAGACACAGGCUCAACAAGUCUAUGCCUUCUCUUGAUCAGAUCGUUUCUUCUGCCUAGGCUGACGUUAUGCCUUUAGCCAAAGUUAUUAGUUGCUUUUUCUUCCUUGGUAGUGGGAUUUUCUUUCUCUGUGACUCAUCUUCCUAAUUGUCUCCCUUCUUUUCUUCGUCAUUAUGUGUUGAUAGUGAAUAAAAGCACAAUGGGAAAAGGGUUGGUUCCACUUCCACAGUGUACGAACCAUAACAAUCUGGUACAAUUGAGGUGACUACUAAGCACAUAUGGAGGAACAAUGACACAUGACUUGAAAAGACAACCAACUAUGUCCUAGGAUUAGAUGGUGUUUGUAAGGAAUCCCAGGAAAUGCGGGGUGAUUCAGCUUCGCCGAUAUAUUGCUAAGGUCCAUGGACGAAAAGGGCUUUAAAUGCUCAAUGCCAAUCAACAUUCAAGGGAAAGAGUCCCUAAAGGAACAAGAACCCAGCAAACAAAAUCAGAUGCGUUUUAGAAUCGGCGAAAGAGUGACUGUAUCAACAUGAUAGGGCCUGUCAUUUUACGUGGAAUUUGCUAGAAAACAAGAUACCAUCCAUCAUUCGAGCAGUAUUUCACACUUCACACAAACUGUCAUACCCAUUUCACGCAUUUAACAUUGAAAGCUGUGUGCCAAACUAUAUCAUUGCACAUUCAAACUAGGCAACUUUCUGGUUGCUACACAAACGAAUAAAAAUCAAGGAGAAGGACAAGAACAAAAAGAAGGUUCAUCA